AAGCCGUGGCAUCACAGUGCAAAACGAUGAGUUGCCAAACGCUGCGACUCCUCCUGAUGGCUUUCGGUCUGGCCAUGAUUGCGGCCAGGCCAGGUCCACAGCAGAAUCCGCUCGAGAGCCUAAGCCUGGGCGCCAUGAAUCUGGCUGGAAAUCUGGCGGAGGCCGUCCAGGGUGGUGGUGCCCUCACCCGUAAUCUCGACUUCGACAAUCCCCUGAUGUCCGUGCACUCGAAAACGGCCCUGGGCUAUGGCGAUGCCAUGCGGCCUCAUGCGGCAGGGGAUUCCUCCGAGGAGGAGGAUCGUCGCCGGAGGAAACGGAGUAGCCCACAUCGACUGCAUCGCCGCAGACGAGCUCCGUGCUUCAUGAUGCGCGGUGGCAGUCCCGCCACCACAGCCAAUCCCGACGACGGCGAAGUGGAGGCCAGGCGGAGAAGGGCCCAGAGACGGGCCGCCAACAACGCCUCCCGAUCCCGCGUGACUCCUGGCAGUAAGAAGUUGCACCGACGACGGCGCCAAACACCGAUGGGCACCACCCCACCAGGAACGGGAUCGGGCGACGCUUUGGGCGACAGGAUGAGGACCAUGUGGCUGACCUUUGUGGACAACGUCACGGAAGUGGUGCAACAGGUGCGCCAGAAGAUCUCCGAUUCGGCCAACUCUACGGGCUAAAAAACGAUACCCGGAAACCCACAAACCCCUAACUCCCAUUAAGUGUAGUUUUUUUUCUUCUUUUGUUAUCAAGUGCAAUAAAAGCAAAUGGAGCCCGGCAA